CGAGAAUAAGAGCAAUUCACUCUGAUGCACGCAAUCCUAAAGGUGCUGUUGCAGUCUGACAGAUACCAUGAUCGUUUUCCACCCCUCAGCCACAAUUUGCAAUGGUCAAAAGAGAAAUCUUCUUCCAGCCCGACCAUCAACAGCAGGAGGGUCCUAUGGCUACCAGCAUCUAACAAAGACAUCCUCAUAUUAUUCGCAGCCGGCGAACGCAUCUGCGUAUCCCCCAUAUGCGGCGAAUCUGACGGGCUAUCCUUCGCAGCCAACGUACCUGCCCGAUAAUACAACAACAGGCUAUCACCCCCAGCCGACAUAUCCACCGAAUGCAGCGAGCUAUCAACCGCACUCCCCGGCGUACUACGCUCCGCAAGCCGAGGGCGCAGCUCAGCCCUGGGCGACGGAAAUGGGAGUGGAUCAAGGACAAGGUGAAUUUCUGCGUGACGUGCGGCUGCUGUGAGUGUUUAUGUUGGAAUUGUUAGUUCGGAUGGAAUGUUGAAUUGCGGUUCAGAGCCGCAUGGGGGGGUCUGGAACUAUUAGGCGGAAUCAUGUACUGAGCCGGCAUACGAUAUUGUCAAGUUGUACGCUGUUUCAGGCCGCCCUUGUCAACACUACCUCUUGAGGCGCGAGCCUGGAGUUCAAGGAGCGCUCUCACUUGGGACAAGUGUUCGUAUUAAUGUGAUCACGAUAAUUAACUAUGCAAUAACAGUAAGUAGAGGGAAAGUAAUAUUUUGAGAGCCCGUAGGUCGCCCGCCGGGGGAGUUGGGAGGGACGCUCAGAGAAGUUCCGAGAUUUUUCUUCUCGGUCUUGGGUCGAAGGUCUUCACAGGGCUGAUGUUGAUAGGUUUUGUAACGACGAUCUAGGGGUUAAUUACAUGUAUGACGAGGUUGAAAAGCGCGUAGACUGAAGUUAUUGUAAAAAA